AUGCCUCCUAUUAACCAAGCCGCUAUUUCAGCUGGCGUCAUCGCCGUCAGCGUCGCCGUGGCCGCGGCCAUCGCUAUCUACGAGUCCCCCGAGCUCCAGCGCAUGGCAACAGACCUGCGCCGCCGCAUCGCUGUAGCCCUCCACUCGCUAGGCGACAACAUCGGCCCCGAAAAUGGCAACGGGGAGCCCCUGUUCAACAGACCCGAGGAUGCCGAGGGCUUCCUCCAGUCCGGCGACGUCGAUGCCGAUGACGAGACCCGCAAGCGCCAGCGCGAGGAGCUGCUCUACUGGAACGCCAUGAAGCUGAGCCAAGAGCUGGAGAAGCAGACGGCCGAGAACGAGAAGAUCAAGGAGAGGGAGAAGCUGACCCGCUCGGGCACGACGUUUGACGACUUCCUGCAGGAGGACCAGACCGCCAACGAGAAGGGCACCUACGUCUUCAACACCGGAGCGGAUGUGCGGAACAACGACGAUGGUCUCGUGAGGCGGCGAGGAGCGUCUGAGGGCGUGCGGGGCCUGAACUCGUCCAUCUACGCCAACCCCUUCGCCGACGAGAACGGCAUCGACUACAACGAGUUGGAGGAUAGCGAGAUCUCCCCCGAGAAGGACGAGGUCUUGUCCACCGACGACAUCUAUACCGCUUCCCCCAGACCUGUCAACAGCUCGUUGUCCCGAACACUGUCCCCUGCGACAGAGUCUCUUCCAGAACUCGUCCCUGUCGAGCCAGAACGCGUAGUCAUUUUCGACGCCACACAGCCUCAGGUCGCAUCCACCCCCAGCGAGUCCGUCGCGGAGGCCGAGCUCGGACAGGACGAGUACAUGACAGCCGGCCAGGACCGGGAGAUGCAGCAGGACGAGCACGACGCCUACGCCUCCAUCCAGGCGUGGGCCGAGCAGCAGCAGCAGGCCCAGAGGCAGAACCAGGAGUCGAGCCGCGACUUCUACUCGCCCCUGCCCAUCACCCCGGCCGCCCCGCUCAGCGAGAUGUCCGACGGCGAGAUGGUCAGCGAGGGCCAGCUGACGCCAACGGACUCGGCCUCAAUCGCCGGUUCCGGCUUCGAUGUCGCCAACGAGCUCGCGUCCCAGAACGGCUCCGCCUCCAAGUACUACGACGUGCUGAGCGAGGAUGAGGACGGCAUCCCUACACCCGCGCACAGCUGGACCGAGGUCGGCAGCGUGGUCAGCGAGAGCGAGGACGGUGUCAGGCCUGCGGUUCGCUCGUAG